AACAGCAGCCACAACAACAUCAACAGCAGCCACAACAACAUCAACAGCAGCCACAACAGCAGCUGCAACAACCGCAGCAACUACAAAAAGAUCAUCAUCACCACAGCCAUCAACUUCGGCGCAGGCAGACGCACUAGAAGAAGCAUACACGUGGACAAUUGAAGAAGAUUCAACUGCUUCAGUGUCAACUGAAACAGCUGAUUCGCCAGCUUCAGCAUUUUGGGAGCGAGCAGACGCAUUAGAACAAGCGACAACAACAACAACAACAUUAACAACAACAGCAUUAACAACAUCAACAACAACUAUAGCCUCUACAACAGCAACAACAUCAUCCUCACCUCAACCAUCAACUUCAGCGCAAGCAGACGCCUUAGAACGAGCCACUGUGCCAACCGCAGGACCACAGCCACCAAGAACAGAAGAAGAAGAGUCAAUAUCGACAUUAACAGCUGAUUCGCCGCGGUCUUCAACAGCCUCCUCCUCUCCCUCUUCAUCAUCGGCAACCGGAAAUACGUCCAAAAGAUCAAAAGCUUCUUCCAAUCAAGCUGCGAAAAAACUUAAAAAGGCUUCCCCAACGUCAACACCAUCAACAGAAACCGCUAGCUCGCCAUCCUUGGCGACAGCCACCGCAGAGGAAGAAUCCGUUGAAAUAGAAGCCGUAGAAAUAAGCAGCGUUGACGAGGAGCCAAUAGAAGCGGCUGACCUGCAGGCAGUGGUCAAAAAUAGACCGGUGUUACUAGUAGCGUUACUUGAGAAGCCAGUAACGCCACCAGCACCACUACGAUUGCCAAGAUAUUUUUUUGAAUCAUGCGACGCAGAACCGCCAGAGGUUAGCUUACAAACGUCAACAACUGCGUCAGAAAUAACGCCAACAACAUCCAUUUCGACAACAUCAAUAUCAACAACA